AUGGGAUCAUAUGCACCUCCAGCACAGUUUUUCCAAAUUCAGAGCACGAGUUAUAUUACAUCAAUGGAUAUAUCAAGCUCGGCACAUACGUUGGCAUUUGGUGAUGCAGCGAGCUUUGUGUAUCAGUUUACUGACAGAGACGUUUACGAUGUGAACCCAUACUCUAUGGGAUUAUCGACGGCGGAUGUGGUUGAGGUACCAGAAGUACACAUGACAGAGGAAAGUCCAUUAUCAUCAGUCGGUUUACCCUAUUACACAGAGCCUUUACUGUCCAAUUGGCCAUUAUACCCAUCGGUUUUUGAUGCAUCAUGUCCUCCACCACAUAUCGACGAUGAAUUGCUCAAAAACAUGAAAACUGUGGACUUUGUUGGCUACGCACCAAAUCCUGGGCUCCGCCGAAAUCAAGCACCACGGAAGAAGAAGCCGUUGCAUAACAGACGUAAUGGACCGAAAUUUCGAUCAGAACAGGAACGCGAUAUGCUACUGUCGAAUUCUAUUUUGGAUGAUCAAGAACAACACCGUGGAGAGCAUCGAACAUCAUCCGUGGCAGAUAUCAGUGCAACUGAUCCAAUGGCACUUAAUAUGCCAAGCUACUAUCGACGAGUGGAGAUUCAGUACAGUAAAUUUGGUGUGGAGGAUUUCGACUUUGAAUAUUACAACCGAACAUGCUACGGUGGGCUGGAAACACAUAUCCGCAACUCUUUCUGCAAUUCGUUAUUACAAGUGCUUUACUUUACGGUGCCAUUACGAAGAGUAGCAACAUCACAUAUCAAGUCACUCUGCUCGCACCCCAAAUGUUUCCUAUGUGAACUCGGAUUUUUAUUCCGCAUGCUGGAAGCAUCCCAUGGCCAAAAUUGUCAGGCAACAAAUUUCUGUCGUACACUGACGAUGAGCCCGAAAGCAGCAGCACUCAGCUUGUUUGAGCCAGAUAUUCCAGAUCCAAGCUUCUCAUACUCAAGUCUGAUACAAAGCUUUGCACGGUUUUUACUGGAAGAACUACAUGGCGAAGCUUUCCAGCCAGACGAUACAAAUCCAGUGAUUUCAAAACUAUUGGAUUCACCCAACCCGUCUACAAUCCAACAAUUGUUCGGUGUACAAACAUUGUUUACCGUUGAAUGUGCGUCGUCAUGGUGCUCGACGUGUCGUCGAUAUCGUCCACUCACUACAAAAAGAACCGUUCUCGCAUUACCAAAUGCGCUAUUCAUCAAUGCGGGCACAGCAUAUCCUGAAGACGAAGCGCUAUGGCGACAGAAUGGCCCUGGCUCUCCACGGAAUAACAACAGUAAACAAGACAACAGUAAUGAUGGCGGGAGUGACCCUCCAAGGUCAAAUCCUUGGGUACCAGAAAGAUUCGGCAUACACAUUAACGGCUCAGAAGUUGUUAUCAAACCGUUAUUGCCAGGCAGUGACAUUCCUGAAGAAUUUCAAAAGACAUCCAAGACAUGUGCUAUCUAUGAACUAGCGGCAUCUAUUGUGGAAGUAAAAGCAGAAGACGAAGAUCCGCAUCUAGUAGCACAAAUCAAAAUACCUCCAGAUGAGUUGGAUUCAUCGUCAACGUCACCUUGGUAUCUUUUCAAUGACUUUCUAGUGCGAAAUAUCCGGGAAGAAGAAACGAUGUCAUUCAAGGGCAAAUGGAAGGCCCCAUCUAUACUACAAUACAAACGAGUGGACUCUGAUGAGAGUUUAGACCUGAGCGGAUUACCAGAUCAAGCAGACUGCUCAAUUCUCUUCAACGACACGACUGUUGCUAAUCGACCGGCAGUCAAUCCCAAAUAUCAAAUACUCACAGCAGAUGAGAUGCCGAAAAAGGGAACUUUGGUUGCGUUGGACACGGAAUUCGUUGCUUUGAAACGCGAAGUGACGGAAAUCCGAAGUGACGGCACCAAAUCCUUGAUCCGCCCCAGCACGUUAGUCAUGGCUCGCCUCAGUGUGAUCCGAGGUGAAGGGCCAAAGGAAGGCGUUCCGUUUAUUGACGACUAUAUUGAAAUUACCGAGGAAGUUGAGGAUUACUUGACUGAGUUUAGUGGUAUCACUGCAUUGGACAUCAAUCCCAACACUACUACGCAUACAUUGGUGGACCACAAAAUGGCAUAUGCAAAACUUCGGUUGUUGGCGGAUCUCGGAUGUGUCUUCAUUGGACAUGGUCUGGUCAAAGAUUUUAGAACUAUCAAUAUACUGGUGCCACCUGAACAAAUCAUCGAUACGGUAGAUAUAUAUCAUAUCAGAGAUCGACAACGAAAAAUAUCGCUACGGUUUUUGGCGUGGCAUUUACUUGGACAGGAUAUCCAAUCCGAGGGUCACGACAGUAUCGAGGAUGCUGAAACCGCAUUGGUGCUGUUUAGAAAGUAUCAGGAGUACAAAAAAACAGGUGAAUUUGGAAAGGUGAUCGAAGGCGUAUACGUAGCUGGCAUGCGAUCCAAUUGGUUAAAGAAACCAACUCGCGAGCUACGACCACCGUUUCCUGGUUCCCCACGACCAUAA